AUGGGCAGCGCCGCCGCGCCCCGGCGGCCGGCGGAGCGGGAUCCAGACCUCUUGGCUGCUCGCGCGCCGGGGACUUUGCAGGCUGGAGGCUUGGCGAGCAGUCCCACCGAGGGGAGGAGCAGAGGGAGGAGCAGGGGCAGGAGGAGGGGACGGAGGAGGCCGGGCCCUGAGGGGCGAGCGCAUGGGCCCGAGGAGGAUCGCGAGCGCCCACUGCUGCCCGGCCGGCCCCGGUGCUGCCCCGAGUCGGCCGGCGGCGAGCGCUCCAGCCGAGCUCCCGGCUCCCGCCGACAGGGAUGGAACAGGAAAAGCGGUAUUGUUUCCACCAGGGAGAGAGAUGCUGGGAGGGAAGGAAAGAGCAGACAGCAUGAGAACCAUCUAAGAAGUUACAGGACGGAUGAGGAGCGCGGUGAUUUCACCACCCCACCACUCUGUCCACCUUCAUCCGAGGCUUACUACUACGAGCAAGGACUCUCUCUGAGUAGGCAAGGCAAUGGAUCUAAGGAAAGUUUUCCUGUGUUCAGAAGGAAAGAGGAGCCUGCUGUGCUGGUGAGCAAUCAAGCUGGAAAGGGGGCUUGGCGUGCUAACUCUGGAGAAGCUCCGAGAAAGACUGUGAACAAACAGAGGGGUCAAGCCGUGACGACAUGGGACAUUCAGAAUGAGAAAUGGGAAGAAGAUGCAACUGCAGGAGACUGGCUGUUACAGGACCGUGUAGGCAAGGCUUGCACGCAGAGAGGGACCGUGUCCCUCUCAGCAACAUUCUAAAUGGUUGACCGAGGAAAGUCUACCUUUGAGUCUGUUUGUUCGUCCGUAAAACUGUGACCAUUAUACUGAUCUCAUUACAUCAUCCCGUGCUUCAGCCAGAUACUGGAUGUAAAGUGGCAAACACACUGUUUAACAUCAUGUAAGUGCUCAUUAAAUGUUCCCCUUCCCCUCUCCCUUCCUUCCCUUUGUGUUGUUCAGAUAUUGUCAUGGAAACUUACCACUCUGCUUUCAUUUAGGUCCCUCUAAGAAUUUUGCAAUUACUUUAAAAGCCUGAUUUCUUUUUCUGUCUGAAAUGAGAAACUCUAAAGGUAAUGAUAUGCUAUAUUUUCUGCUAAAAGUAAAUGAAAUGCAGGGUCAGAGCUGAUUCUGAACUCAACUAGGGAGUCUCAGAGAUGCAUACAUUUCAAAAUUAUUUUCAUUAUUUUUGGUAAAUUAAAUAUACUGACUCAUUAUUUUACAUAAUGAAGAUGAUAUUGCCUUUUUAUUAUUAUCACUAAAAUACAAUAAUAAUAAUUGCUACUUU